AUGUCCAACCCUGAGGCCGUGAUCUUGGAGCUCAUGCUGUGCCCGCUGGCCCCUGGGAGUUGCUUCUCAGCUGUUUCUUCCUCGCCCCAGACCAGAGAGACAGCGCGGUUUGAGAACAGCCGAGGCACAGAGGAUGCGACCCCUGAGGGCAGGCACAUGAGGUCUCUGGAGGUUCAGGGCCGGGCAGAGCAGGACGGGGGCAGUUCAGACGGGGGCCCUCCCCCUUCUCCAGUACCCGGCACCCAACAAUCCAGACUCACCAGCUGCCCCCAAGUCACCGUCCAGCCCUUCCCCUACCCAGUGGACGUGGAGAGAAAAGGGAAGGAGGACAAGGACCGGCCCAGCUGGGCAGGCCCCACGGGGGUCCCAAGGGACAGAUACCCUGGACGGGUGCAGGGGUUCCCGGCUACCCAGGGGCUGCGCCGCAAGAAGCCCCUCCCACUCCCGGACGGAACGACUGGAAGCGGGCAUCGAGGCCUGGAGGUUCUGAUGGGCUUGGUUCCGGGCCCGUGGAGCAUCACGCUGGGGCAGCCAGAGGAGCUCUCCGAAGAUGGCCAUGGAGACGGAGGGACCACGUCCUGGGGCCUGACGCCACCGGGCAGGCUCUGCUCCGGCGGAGACGCCCCCAGGAAAGGGGCAGAAUCUUCUCAGCUAGAGUCGCCCGUGGCCCUCAGCGGACAGCGAGCCUGGUGGAAGCAGGGGAAGAAAGAGGAUACGGAUGGACACCGACCCAAACAAUCAGAGAUCCCGGCCCCGCACUUCCAAGGGUCCGCCAGCCGCCCAGGGGUGCUUGGUGCCGGAGUUCCGCCCGACCGCCGCCUCCCAGCCUCAGUUUCCCCUCCCGGGCACCCCCGGAUCCCCUUCCGGUUCCCACCGCGUGGACGCCGCCAGGCCUCACUUCCCGGCAUCCCCCGGGGCAGCCUGGGGCUGGAAGAGCGGACACCGCCCCCCCAGGUGCGCGUGCGCACACGCCGGCGGCCCCGAGCCGUAAAGGCGCCGCUCGCUUCUCAGCCCCGCGCUCACGCACGCGCGCCCUCGGGCGGCCCGGGUGCCCGGGUCCUGCUCCCCGGCUUCGCGCCCCGGCCGCCUUCCGCCAGCCUGCGGCCAGGCGUGUGGGCGGGGGCCGCGGGGAGCCCAGAGGAGGGCGGGGCGGGGCGGGCGGCGGCCGUGGCGGGCGGGCCGAGUCGCGGGGGCCGGGCCCGCGGGCUGCGGCGGCGCUGUCCGCCGAGCUCGGACCCGGACCCGGACCCGGAGGAGGACGCGCGGGCCCGGGCCGAGUUCGAGGCGCUGCAUGGCCCGGCGCUGCGCGCGUCGGGGGUCCCCGAGCGCUACUGGGGCCGCCUCCUGCACAAGCUGGAGCACGAGGUUUUCGACGCCGGGGAGAUGUUUGGGAUAAUGCAGGUGGAGGAAGUGGAGGAGGCUGAGAGCGAGGAGGAGGUGGCCCGGGAAGCGCGCAAGAAGCCCAACCCCGGCGGCGAGCUCUGCUACAAGGUCAUUGUCACCAACGAGAACGGGCUCCGGGCGGCCGACCCCAACAGCAUCUUCCUCAUUGACCACGCCUGGACCUGCCGCGUGGAGCACGCCCGCCAGCAGCUGCAGCAGGUGCCCGGGCUGCUGCACCGCAUGGCCAACCUGAUGGGCGUCGAGUUCCACGGAGAGCUGCCCAGCGCUGAGGCCGUGGACCUGGUGCUGGAGGAGAUGUGGAAGUUCAACCAGACCUACCAGCUGGCCCACGGGACGGCCGAGGAGAAGGUGCCCGUGUGGUAUAUCAUGGACGAGUUCGGUUCUCGCAUCCAGCACGCAGACGCGCCCAGCUUCGCCACCGCGCCCUUCUUCUACAUGCCGCAGCGGGUGGCCUACACGCUGCUGUGGCCCCUGAGGGACCUGGACACGGGUGAGGAGGUGACCCGGGACUUCGCCUAUGGAGAGGCCGACCCCCUGAUCCGGAGGUGCAGGCUGCUGCCCUGGGCCCCCGCCGACCUGCUGGACCUCAGCUCCUCCACGCCUGAGCCGCCCGCUGAGCACUACCAGGCCAUCUUGGAGGAAAACAAGGAGAAGCUGCCGCUUGCCAUCAGCCCGGCCGUGUACCCCCGUGACCACGUCUUCAAGGUCUACACGGACGUCCAGCAGGUGCUCAGCCACCUCACCCACCCACGCUUCUCCUUCACCCAGAGCGAGGCGGACGCCGACAUCCUCUACAACUUCUCUCACUUCAAGGACUACAGGAGACUGAGCCAGGAGAGGCCCACGGUGCUGCUGAACCAGUUCCCCUGCGAGAACCUGCUGACGGUCAAGGACUGCCUGGCCUCCAUCGCCCGCCGCGUGGGGGGCCCCGAGGGCCCGGCCUGGCUGCCCCGCACCUUCAACCUGCGCACGGAGCUGCCCCAGUUUGUCAGCUACUUCCAGCAGCGGGAGAGGCGGGGCGAGGACAACCACUGGAUCUGCAAGCCCUGGAACCUGGCCCGCAGCCUGGACACCCACAUCACCAAGAGCCUGCACAGCGUCAUCCGGCACCGCGAGAGCUCUCCCAAGGUUGUGUCCAAAUACAUUGAGAGUCCCGUCUUGUUCCUCCGAGAAGACGUGGGCGGGGUCAAGUUCGACAUCCGCUACGUGGUGCUCCUGCGGUCCGUGAGGCCCCUGAAGCUGUUCGUCUACGACGUGUUCUGGCUGCGCUUCUCCAACCGGCCCUUUGCACUCAACGACCUGGACGACUACGAGAAGCAUUUCACUGUCAUGAACUACGACCCGGAAGUGGUGCUCAAGCAGGUGCACUACAACGAGUUCAUCCCUGAGUUUGAGAAGCAGUACCCAGAAUUUCCCUGGAAGAGCGUCCAGGCUGAGAUCUUCCAGGCCUUCAGGGAGCUGUUCCAGGCAGCAUGUGCCAAGCCACCCCCCCUGGGCCUCUGCGACUACCCCUCGUCCCGGGCCGUGUAUGCCGUUGAUCUCAUGCUGAAGUGGGACAGCCGUCCGGAUGGGAGGCAAGUGAUGCAGCCGCAGGUCCUCGAGGUGAACUUCAACCCGGACUGUGAGCGAGCCUGCAGGUACCACCCGACAUUCUUCAACGACGUCUUCAGCACCCUGUACCUGGACGAGUCCGACGGCUGCCCCGUCACCCGCCUCAUCUAGGCGCCUGCCGGCCCUUGUGGCUGCAUUCCGGCCUCGGCCUCGAGCUGCUUCUGCACUGUCCCCCCGGCCCCUCGGCCGCCCUGUGAGCCCUCAUCCCAGCCUCACGCCCUCAGGGGCUCGGGCCCCCUCCCCCCAUCAGUCAGGAGCGGCGCCACUCGCCGUGUCCCCGGGGCCGAGUGCCAGGCGUCUGUUCACCCUCUCCACCGUCGUGCGGUGAUGAGUCUCAGCUCUGCCAAGGGCUUUCUUCCAGAGAGUUUGGUUGCUGGGGUGCUGUGCUUCCAGGGGGUGUUAGUGAAAGCGGUUCUAGGGGGCAUGGCGAGUAUCCUCGGAAAUGAGGCCCCAGGAGCGCCUGCGGGAGCCCAGACGGCUGCUUCUGUGGAGCAUCUGCUCCCCACGUUCCACCCCGGGCCUGCAUGACAGGCGUCUCCAGGUCCCCUGGGAGCCUGCUGCUCAGACCCAGGGUCAGACCUUCACCAGCAACUCUCUCUGAGGCGCCAGGGCAGGGCGGCCACGUUGCCUUUCCAGCUGGCCCCGUGGAAGGGCCGAGUGCAGUGCCCGUGCCUCCCUGCCCGCCAGGCACUGCAGUGGUGCCUCCCUCGUCUAAGGUUGGCUGGGACGCCCCGGCGAGGGGGCUCAGGGACAGGUGUGGACAGCAGAGUGCCAGGCCUGGACAGCUGAGCAGGACAAUUCCAGGGAGAACCUUAUGUUACAAUCAGAUGCCAUCAGCCACCAGUCUGGUGUCAAAAUGGUGGAUUUUUGUUACUUUUUCACUUACAGGAAGAAAAUAUAAAAUUCUCAUUUUUAAUUUUGUUUCUGAAAUUUUGAGUCCAUUUCCAGCGUAUUUUGUGUUGCCGCAGUGCACCCAGGCCCAGCUAACUGGACAGUAGGCAGGUCUAAUUUGGGGGGAGCUGCCUGCAGAGCUUUUGUGGGUGUGUGUGCGUGUGUUGGGGGUGUUUGUUUCAUCCCAAAGCAAAGGGUCUCGCAAAAACUGGACUAGACUGUGCUACCCGUCUCUGUGUCUGUCCUCUGUUAACCAGUUCAGCCCGUGUCCUGGGGAACCGUCCCUUGCCUCCAGCGGAGAUGCACAGAGCGCGGGGCACCUCGUCCCUGGUUCUCUCCACAGGAGAGCAGCUGCGUCCCGUCCCCUGCUUGACUUGAUUUGUGCUGCAAUAAAGUAGGCCUUCUGUA